AUGUCUUCGAGGCGCGAUUACCACCUAUUGGAGCGUUCAACUCGUGAACUGUACUGGUUCGAACGUCGGGAAUUCUUAGAGGUUGCAGGAUACCGCCUCAGACCCAAAUUUCAUCCAGAUUUUAUACCAGAUGUUGGGCGCCGAGCAUUGCGGGACUAUAGAGCCGCUCAUUUUAAACAGAGUCUAAUGGAUGCACAUCGCAUUUCAGACAACAAACCUGUCAUGCUGAAAACCGUGCUCACCAGUGUACACCCUCACGAAGUCGAGCUUGCUGGCCUGUUUUCCUCUCCUGAACUUGCCGGAAACUCCCGAAACCAUUGCAUACCUAUCUUGGAGGUUCUUCAAGACCCAGAGGACUCUGACAAACAAAUCAUCGUUAUGCCACGACUCAUUGACUUUGACCAACCCAAAUUCGACACUGUGGGGGAGGUGAUUCAUUGCUUUCGACAGAUAUUCGAAGCAUUUGAAUUCAUGCACGAGAAUUUUGUUGCACAUCGGGACUGUAGCCUACUUAACAUUGUUCAAGACCCUUCCCGUCUCUUUCCUUCUGGGUAUCACCCUGUGCAUAUUUGGCAGUCUGCUACGUCCGACUGGCCUGCCCGUCAUAUCACCCGCACGGAAUGCUGGCCACGAUAUUUCGUGAUCGACUUCGGUCUCUCGAGACAAUAUCAUCCCUCGGACGGGCCGCCGCUCGAAUAUGUCAUCAUGGGAGGCGAUAAAUCACCUCCGGAAUUCAGAACCCACCAGUUGUGCAAUCCCUUUCCGACGGACAUCUACUGCUUGGGCAACCUUCUGAAAGAAUCCUUUCUUUACUCGGACAAAGACAAACUCCAAGGUAUAAUCCGUCCAUCUCUGAGUUUCCUGGAACCCCUGGUCACUGAAAUGACGUUACUGGAUCCCUCAAUGCGACCCACCAUUGGGGAGGUAUGCGAGCGCUUCGACAAACUGUGUAGUGGCUUGACCUGGUGGCAAUUACGUCAGCCAGGUCAACGACAUUCAUUCCGUUUGUACCAACGCGUCCGCCAGGUCUGGCGGACAAUGUUUUUUGUCCGUCCGAUUCCGCGUUACACUCCCCGAGCGGAUCGACCACGACUGAGCAAGGAGUUGCGUGAAUUUUAUACGCAGAUACCGCUCGACAAGGGUGAUUUUCUCUGGCCAGCAUCUGCAAUGAGUAGUGCUUCCUAG